CAUGGCAAUUGGCCCACAUGUCAUGUUUGCACCAAAAAAAAAUAAAAAUAUGACCGUUACAAAGGAGAUCUCUCUCCUAUUCAAAAACUUGACAUUUUUAACGAGUCCCAAAUUGCUCCUCCUUCAGCCAUUUCUCUCUCUUCUUUCUCUCUCUGUAUUUAGGGCAUCAUAUACCGGCAAAAGAGGGAUAUGGCGAUUGCACCGGAGACUCAGACGCAGCAACAACAGAAGGAUUCUUCCGAGGGUGCGGCGGUGGAUCAGAAGAGAUGGACUCUCAAUGAUUUUGACAUAGGAAAGCCUCUUGGAAGAGGAAAAUUUGGUCAUGUAUAUUUAGCUAGGGAGAAAAGGAGCAAUCAUAUUGUUGCACUAAAAGUGCUUUUCAAGAGCCAACUGAAACAGUCCCAAGUCGAGCAUCAGCUUCGUCGUGAGGUAGAAAUACAAAGCCACCUUCGGCAUCCAAAUAUCCUGAGACUGUAUGGUUACUUUUAUGAUCAGAAACGGGUUUAUUUGAUUCUGGAAUAUGCUGCCAAGGGUGAACUCUAUAAGGAGCUGCAGAAAUGCAAAUAUUUUAGUGAAAGGCGUGCUGCAACUUAUGUUGCAUCAUUGGCGCGAGCCCUCAUAUACUGUCACGGGAAGCAUGUGAUACAUAGAGAUAUUAAGCCAGAGAACCUUUUGGUUGGUGCACAGGGUGAGCUUAAAAUUGCAGACUUUGGUUGGUCGGUACAUACCUUCAAUCGCAGACGCACUAUGUGUGGCACUCUAGACUAUUUGCCACCUGAGAUGGUGGAAAGUGUGGAGCAUGAUGCAAAUGUGGACAUUUGGAGCCUUGGUAUUCUCUGCUAUGAAUUCCUAUAUGGGGUGCCUCCAUUUGAAGCAAAGGAACACUCAGACACAUAUAGAAGGAUUAUACAAGUGGAUCUAAAAUUUCCUUCUAGACUGGUAGUCUCAUCAGCUGCAAAGGAUCUUAUUACUCAGAUGCUAGUCAAGGAUUCUUCGCAACGUCUGCCCUUGAAGAAGUUACUUGAACAUCCUUGGAUUGUGCAGAAUGCAGAUCCUUCUGGUGUUUAUAGGGGUUAAUGGAUACAUCUUCUUGCAAGUUCCAAUCAUACUACAUUUUUUUUAUAUAUUUUUCAGGAAGUUUUUAAUAUAUCAGAUAGGAUUAAACAUUGUCAUGUAAAACGAGAGGAAUUGCUUUACGAGCUGUAAUGAAAAACAUUGUCAUGUAAUCACUUUUUAUGAAUGCUUAUCUAUGUUGCCUGAAAAUGAGAAGAAUUACUUUUCCAA